AUGUCAGCAAAAGAAUAUGAAGCAGAGGAUGAUUUAUUAGGAUCUAUUCUAAGAAAUGAUGAUUAUGAAGAAGUUUUUUCUAAUAACAACAGUCCUUUAUGCAAUUAAGGGUUCGAAAGUGAUAGCAUUAUUGAGAAUGCUUCUACUUCAGAAAAACAAUAUUUCGAUAGUUUCAACAGAUCGUUCGAACAUAUGUCUUUGGGAUCCGAUUAGGCCCAGAGUCCGAUGUCGAAUAAGGCUGUAUAUCCACAGUAUCCACCGAAUCAUUUCAAAUUUUCGAGAUAAGAUGAUAGAUAGAGUGUCUCAAUAAGUUUUGAUGGUCCCUCGUUUUCCACAUAGGAAAGUUCGAUCAAUUGCAGAAAAAUUGGAAAUGAACACUUUGGAUACUUGAAUAAACCUCAUAAUCGAAUGGUUGAUUAUUAAGUCCCCUAUUCUCCAGGAGUGUUGAGGCCUCAUGGAAUUUAUUAGCCUGGAUUUAAUUAUUCUUAACCAUUGAAUGGAUUAGGUUUUACUGGAUAUUAAUAAGAAAGACAGCCCUUGCAUGAGAUAAAUGAUGAUAUGCAAUUGACCAAUGACAUAGACAAUAUGUGUGGUAACUAAUUGUUGUCACGCAAGGUUCAGAAGAUAAUUGAGCAUGGGAAACCAGAUCAAAGAGAAUUGAUUUUUAAUAAGCUCGAGAGAUCGUGUGUUCAAUUUUCAAAAGAUGUGUUUGGAAAUUAUGUGAUUUAGAAGAUAUUCGAAAAAGGAACUCCAAUUCAAUAGUUGAGAUUAUUUAAUAAGAUAAGACCUCAUGCUUAUGAAUUGUCGAAGAAUAAUUUUGGAUGUAGAGUUAUUCAGAAGAUUAUUGAAAUCAUUUACAACAACGAGUCUCUACAAGACCAAUUGAUUGACUCAAUCAAACUCUAAGUGAAAUCUCUACUUUACGACUCAAGUGGUAACUAUGUGAUUCUCAAAUGCUUGGAAGUAUUGCAGAAAGAAAAGAUCGAGUUUUUCUUAUAACCAAUCGAAGACUCAACCUUAUACUUAUGUUCAUCUUAAUAUGGAUGCAAGAUAUUGUUGAAGGCUCUUGAAUUGUUUUCUCCCACUCAAACUGAUAAGAUCAUGACCACUUGUUUGUAACACCAAUACAAUUUGUCUUAAUAAGAAUUCGGAAAUCACAUCUUACAAUUUGCCAUUAAGAACACUCAGUAUUAACAGUUUGUUGUCAACUUUGUACUCUCAAACUUUGAGAAAUUGUGUAUGAACAAAUAUGCUAGCAAUACAGUUGAAAAGGUUGUGGAGGCCUCUACAAAUGAAGUCAAAUAGCAGAUCAUGUCUAUACUCAUUUCUAAGUCCUAAAUCAACAGAUAAACCAUUUUUGUGAAUUUAUCGAUCAAUCCAUUUGGAAACUACGUUAUGAAGAAAAUGAUCAUUAUGUCAAAUCACAAUAUUUUGUAACCUUUGAUAGACAUUUUGAGAUAAGAUUAAUAUCUGAUCACAGCAAUAAGAUCCUCCGAUUUCGGCUAAAGAAUCUAUUAGCUAAUCGAAAAGACCUUAUUAAUGUACAAAUCAUGAAUAUAAUUGAGAUUAUUAUGACAAUAUAAUUAUGAAUAAAAAAUUAGACAUUAUUUAUUAAUAAUA